UCCCGCGCGCGGCCCCUGGAGUCCCGGAGGCGCGCGGCCAGCGCAGCUCCGGCCCGCCUCACACCGUGCCGCCCGGCGCCCGAGCUAGCGCGGGCCCGCUGCGGGCCCGGCAAACAGCGCGGGGUGAGGGACGUCUCCGCCAGGACUCCUUCUGUGGCCCCUGAGCGGCGACGGCGAGGGCGAGGCUGAGUGGGGCCGAAACCAUGAACCGGAGUUUCCACAAGUCUCAGACCCUACGCUUCUACGACUGCAGCGCGGUGGAAGUCAAGAGCAAGUUUGGGGCUGAAUUCCGAAGGUUCUCCUUGGACCGUCAUAAGCCUGGGAAGUUUGAAGAUUUUUACCAGCUGGUUGUGCACACGCACCACAUCGCUAAUACUGAAGUGACCAUUGGCUAUGCUGAUGUGCACGGGGACCUGCUGCCCAUCAACAAUGAUGACAACUUCUGCAAGGCAGUCUCAAGUGCAAACCCCUUGCUCAGAGUCUUCAUCCAGAAGCGAGAAGAGGCAGACCAUUACAGCUUUGGGGCAGGCACUCUGUCAAGGAAGAAGAAAGUGCUGGUGACACUGAGGGAUGAGGGCCUGCGCCGGCGCACCCACCUUGACAUCAGCAUGCCGCAUGACUUCCGCCCUGUGUCCUCCAUCAUUGAUGUGGACAUCCUCCCUGAGACACACCGCCGAGUGAGACUCUACAGACAUGGCUGUGAAAAGCCCCUGGGCUUCUACAUUCGAGAUGGCACCAGUGUUCGUGUGACCCCCCAUGGGCUAGAGAAGGUACCUGGCAUUUUCAUUUCCCGAAUGGUGCCUGGGGGCCUCGCAGAGAGCACAGGGCUGCUGGCUGUGAAUGAUGAAGUCCUGGAGGUAAAUGGGAUCGAGGUGGCCGGAAAGACACUGGAUCAAGUCACAGACAUGAUGAUCGCCAACAGCCACAACCUUAUUGUUACUGUCAAGCCUGCCAACCAGAGGAACAACGUGGUCCGUAGCAGCCGCACAUCCGGCAGCUCUGUCCAAUCUACAGACAGCACCACCAGUCACCACAGCCUGCCAGCUGCCCAUGUUCUGCAGAAUUUCCACCCUGAGGAGAUGGAGAGUGAUGAAGAAGCUGACAUCGUCAUUGAGGGGGCCCUGGAGCCUCAACACAUUCCCAAGACACAGGGUGUACCUCCAGGCAGCCUCUCAAGGGCCAAUGGCACCAGUCUUGCCCACAGGCUGCACAGGGACCUGGCCCUGCAUAGCUCUGGGAGGGAGAGCAAUGGAAGCCUCCACAAAUUUCUCAGCUCCCUGAAACCAGAACCUCGCAAUAGCCUGAUCCUCCCACAAGGAGGGGUGGAGGAACACGGCCCAGCUAUCACACUCUAGGGUUCAGGCUGAGUCCCAGACAGACGGUGUUUCAGCAGGACCUGAGGUGGAGAGAGUAUUGGGAUAGCUGGUGACACUAUUGGAUGUAUAGUGACUCCAAAAGGAAAAUUUCCAAAGGGAAAUAUUUUUAAACUUUUAUGCCAAUUUUAAAAAUAAGAAAAAUAAUUGUGGACUUCAUCUCCCCCCCCAUUACCCCCACAACCCUCUUCUUUAUUUAAGUUUUUGGACAGAAAUACUGUCUAUUUUUAUAGGAUUUUCUUCUUCCCCUAGAACUUAAAAUAUACCCAACUGCACACAUUGGGCCAGGCCUGAGUAUAGUCCCAGUGCUGUCGCAAGAUGAAAGAAGAUACCUAAGUACAGAGAAUACUUUAUUUCAAUUUUUUUAAAUGCUUCAUUUUUAAAAAUGAAGCUUUAUAGAUAACUUUUUAAAAUAAUAGAGCCUCAUGUUUUUAACUUAGCUCACACAAAAACAUUUUGUGAUGUGUGAGCCCUCUACUGACCCACAGUGUGGCUGAGACAAGAAGAUAGGAACUGUCUAAGGAUGGAUACUCACACCUAUGACAGGUUUCAUCACAGAGGAAGAAUUUCACUUUUCACAUUGUUUGCAGCCAGUUCAAAAAGCCAGUACUCAAGAAGCACUGGGCUGCGGUGCCUUUUGUCUGUACAGCUAUCCCAGCCUGUGACACUCAGGCAGCCCUGCUGACUGGAAGGUGAGGCUCAGUGAUGCCAUGUGGGAUUAAAAGCCGAUGUUUACAUCAGUGUUUUCUUUGGGCUGACUGGCAAGGACAGUGUUAAGUUGUCUUCAGGAGAAAUGAGAGAUGAGCAACACCACAGCCUCUGAAGCCCCACAGCAGUGGGGUGGAUGUGCCUGUUGCUGGCUUUGCUUCUAAAACAACCAGUUCCUUUUAUAAGGCAGGGUUAGAGCAUACUAAUGCCCAUUCCUAGAAUAGUGCUCAGUGGCAGGAAUUCUCUUCUUUUAACUAGAACAGGCCUGUCAAAAUGCAAUGGUUUUUGACAAAUAUUAACACUUUCCUUUAAUCCACUUAAAUUUUUUAUGAAGUGUGAAGUGUGUUUUAUAUUUGGAUACAGUGUCAGGGAGAAAAAUGUCACUGAGAGAUUUAGUCACUGAGAACAAACUGAUCAAAUGAAUCCUUUAUAUAAAUACAGGGUUGUUAUCUUCCAAGCUUUCCAGGUGUGAGCCCCACCCUCUGCCCUUAUGGUCUAGCACCACCUGCUGGUCAGAGGCAGAACUGCCCUGAUUUCCUGUCUGAUGGAAACAGUGCAUCUCACAUCUUCAUUUGUCCAGAAUUUGUUGAAAAAAGUUCAUUCUUUUCCAUUUGGGAGCUAUUUAUUGGGCUGAAGUAACUUUUGCUAAGUAUUUGUUUCCUGGGCCUAUGUCUGAGCUUCUCUGUGUGCAGUGAUUCAUUAAUUGCUUAUUCCUGAGUACAAAAUGAGUAAGAUGCUUCCCUAAUGUCUCAGAGAGGGACCAGAUCCACAGACCCAUAGGGAAAAGCAUCUCGUAUGUUACUGAAGGAGUUUGAAAAUUUUUUUUUACUAAGACAAGUAUUAUAGAACCAAAACUCUGCUCAGUUACUACCACAAAGAAAUGUUCUCUGGUAAGUUAUGGCUGGGUAUUUACUGUCUGUUGGAUAAGUGGGUUUGCUACCAAGGAGAAAAGUUAUAUUUCUUAUAAUGUUUUAGGUUGUUGAACAAAUGUGAAUCAAUUUUUCAAGAAAAAUAGUCUCUGACCUUUGAGCUGUUGCCUGUAAGAGGAAUUACAUGCUGUUCAGCAGUUACUUGAGUGUAUUUUUCUACCAAGAUCUAUACUCCUACCAUUUUAUUUCU